CUUCGCCGCUCGGGCGUCUGGCCGUCAAAGGUAUAUAAGACCCGAUACAAAGCCCCUCCUGCUUCCCUUCUACCUACCCAACAGUUACCAGCAAGCUACGUACUUCACUCACCCAACAUGACCGCUACCGAGACUGCCGAUCCUGCCGCCGCCAUUGCCGCUCUCGUGCCUCGCCCAAGUUCGCCAAUAGUGCACGAGCCCAUUCUCACCGCACGCCUUCGCCUCCUCCCCAUCUCCUCCAAGCAUCUCGACGGUGCCGCCUUUGUCAAGUUUUUCGCCGGCCUCUACGCCAACCCCGCGAUCGGGAGCCUCGCCGGCUUCGAGCCCAGCAUCAUCACCGACGAAAAGCAAGUCAGCUGGCGGGCAAACAUGGCCGGCAGGUUCGAGAAGUUUGGAUAUGGCACGUACGCCGUGUUUGAGUUGCACGACUCGGAAUACGCUUCGCCCAUUGGAGCCCUCGAUUUCCGCUCCCUGGGCGCUUACAAGAGUAUCCCGGAUCAUCCAAAGCUUCGAAGGGAUGAAACCGAAGUUGCGUACUUCUAUGACCCAAUCGCGUGGGGUAAAGGGUAUGCGACAGAAGCUUUGCUCGGCGUCCUCGAUGACAUUUGGAUCAAGGGCGUGGAAGGUCGACUGGCGGAGGGCUUUCCCGUACUCGAGUUUGUAUCGGCUAGCGCUGUGCCAGGUCAUCCACAGAGUCACAAGAUCUUGCAGAAAUGUGGGUUGAAGCCUGUGGAAGGGACUUUGGGCUUCAAUAAGGACGAUGAGGUGUACUAUAGAGUAUAUAGAGACGAGUGGGUGCAGGGGAGGAAACAACAGCUGCAGGCGUAGUGCGAAGACGGCUCAUACAUACAUAAUCAUACAUGAAUGUUCGGCUGGUGUUAUGUAAUCGACAGCGAGAUAUUGGCAUCAGGGGACAGAACAAGGUCCGUUGCAAGC